GGAGCAGGUGAGGAGGGUUUGGGGGGUGAGUAUGGUGCAGGGAGAGACUCCACAGGAGCCUAAUUCCCCACUCUGAGCCCACACUUGUGUCUGCCAGGGCCCUACCCCUUGCCCGAUUCCCACCCCAUGAUCCCUUUUAGCACUAGCUCUUCCUGUCACCGCCACCUCUCUCCAUGACCCAGCUCUGUUUACCUAGACCCAAAGCCCUUGCAGAUCCGAUCCCAGUUCCUCCCAGGGGUCUGGAUGCUGGGGAGGGGUCGGGUCGUCCAGUGCAUGCACGUAUGUCCCCCUGGGGCUGUAGCUGGGCCCAGCUCCUGGACAGUGUCCUAGGGCUGGGGGCACUAGGGAUGACGAUUCAGGCAGUCUUUGCCACGACUGGCCCAGCCCUACUGCUGCUGCUGCUGGUGGUCAGCUUCCUCACCUUCGACCUGCUCCAUAGGCCCGCAGGUGGCACACGGCCACAGCGCAAACUUCUCACCAGGGGCCAGAGUCAGGGGGCCGGUGAGGGUCCAGGACAGCAGGAGGCUCUACUCCUGCAAAUGGGGGCAGUGUCAGGACAACUUCGCCUCCAGGAUGCACUGCUGCUGCUGCUCAUGGGACUUGGCCUGCUCCUGAGAGCCUGCGGCAUGCCCUUGACCCUGCUUGGCCUGGCUUUCUGCCUCCAUCCUUGGGCCUGAGAGCCCCUCCCAAAAAUUCAGUGUCCUUCAAAUAUACAAUGACCAUCCUCCUUC